ACCAACAUUUGAAAUCUGUUUCAUGAAGAAGUUUUGUUUUAAUGUUGGAGUAAAAGUGUAAAACAAGUGAAAAAUCAGUAUGCUGGAAAAGGAUAGCACUGUCAUUUUCAAACAUCCCCAAUGCUCUCUCUCUUGACUGUUUUGCUGAAAACCAAGCGCAAAUCAUUAUAAUAAAGGCUGCAUAAUUGAAGGCAUGAACUACCAGGAAAAUAUCUGCUGCAUCGGCUAGGGCUCACACUAGAAAGUCCAACAAUAUUGGAAGAAACAACUCCAGAUUCACUUCAAGUUGAUAUGUUUUGACAGAUAUGAUUGCUCAGAUAGCAGUUGGAGUAGUGGUGGGUUGUAUAGGAUAUGCUUAUUUUGCAAUACAGCCUCAGCCUCCUAAAAUAUGUGGCACCCCCGGUGGUCCUCCGGUGACUUCUCCAAGGGUGAAACUUGACGAUGGGAGGCAUUUGGCAUACAAGGAGAGGGGCGUUGCCAAGGAAGAAGCCAAGCACAAGAUAAUAAUUUCCCACGGCUUUGAUGAUUCUAAAGAUUUCAACAUAAAUCUGUCUGAUGAAUUAUUGAAGGAGUUAGGUAUUUACAUCCUGUCAUUCGACCGUGCUGGUUAUGGUGACAGUACUCCUAACCCUGCAAGGUCAGUGAAAAGUGAUGCAUUUGAUAUCCAAGAGUUGGCUGACAAGUUGGGUCUUGGGCCCAAGUUUUAUGUUGUUGGCGUGUCGAUGGGAGCUUAUCCGACUUACGGCUGCCUUAAGUACAUCCCGCACAGGUUAUCAGGAGUUGCACUCGUAGUUCCCUUUGUUCAUUACUGGUGGAAGGGUGUACCUGCUAAACUAUUAAAAGAAGCCUUGGGGAGGCUGCCUGUUCCAGACCAGUGGACAUUUCGAGUAGCACAUUACGCCCCUUGGCUUUGCAACUGGUGGAUGACCCAAAAAUGGUUCACAAAUUUAAGCAUCAUGCAAGGGAUUCUUGAUGUUUUCAGCCGAUCCGACCUAGAAAUUAUCAAGCAGCUUUCUGCAACUCCUAAGGAGGGUCAGGAGAAAGUGCGGCAGCAAGGUGUUCAUGAAUGUUUACACCGCGACUUAAUGGUGGGUUUCAGAAACUGGGAAUUCGGUCCCAUGGAUAUCAGUGAUCCUUUCCCUAAUAAGGAUGGGUCAGUUCAUCUUUGGCAAGGAUAUGAAGAUAAGUACAUUCCAUACAAGGUGAACCGGUAUUUAUCAGAACAACUCCCAUGGAUUAAAUAUCAUGAGGUUCCUGAUACUGGCCAUCUUUUGCUAUACAAUGCCACACUCUGUGAAGCCGUUUUUAGGGCCCUUGUGUCAUCAUAAUAAUUGACAUCCGAAAAUGAAGCUCUCUUUUCAUUUUGAUUUCUGGUUUUCUGUGAUUUUGAGCGGCUGGCAACAUAUACAGUAUAUUAUGAUGGCAUGUAUGUUUAAAUAUGUAGAUACUUUUCGAUCAACAAAUAAUACUCAAUACUUAUGAUACAUUACAACUCA